AUGCCGCUGUGGGCCAUGGACCAGUUCAUCGUGACUCCUAGGGGCGAGAAGCCCCCGAGCCUCGCAGACCCCGCUUUCCACACUCUGGGCAUGACAAAGUCCCACGACCGCAAAGCGUUCCGCGCGGCCAUCGGCGCGCUCGUCUUGGAACCGGGGCCAACCUUCUCGUUCUCGAUUUGGAACAUCUCGCCCUAUGUCGACGGCAUCAGGUGGCUGCUUACUGGCGUAAGCACCCUGCCAGACAGCCGCUUGUGCGACCUGGGCAUCAAUCCGCCGAUCUACACCGUCUUCUACACCCUGAAGCCGCCGGACGGAGAGGCCACAGGGGAGCGGGACGCGCGCCACCUGGACUCUCGAAAGACCUGCUACGUGAACGGGUUGCCUUCUGGAGCUCCCUGGUCCCCGCCGCGCCCGCGCGGCAGCGCGAGCUCUGCGACCCGGAGAGGCAGCGAGCGGCGGAGCAGAAGUCCGCCGCGGAGCGAGCUGCGGAGGCGGGGCGCCGGCCGCGGAGCUGUGGUGGAGGCUCGGAGCUGCGGGGCGACUGCUGCGUCGUGCACUGAGGGGCGCCGGCUCUCCGCGGAGCUGCGGGGCGGCUGCCGCGUCGUGUGCUGA